AUGUUGGUUAUAAACCUAGCACCAAUUGAUCAGUCAGGACGUAGUCUGGCCAUAGCCCAGUAUCUUAAGAAAAACAGUCACUCAGUUACGCUUGUAUCAUAUAAAGGGGCCAGGGAUUAUUCUGGCCGAGUAGAAGACAAGUUGAAUAUUUCUUAUAUCCGGAAUAUUCCGACUAGAAAUAAGCCCAUCCUUGUGAGACAGAUACUUAUUCUGAUUAAGUUCGUAUAUAUAUCAAUUAUGAGCAUGGUUCACUUGUAUAAAUACAGGCUUAAUUUGCAUACGCAUGGCUUGAAGGAGUGCCUGACUAAUUGCAAGUUCUAUAACAAAGGGGGCACUGUGAUAUUUGUUGUACCACCAACUCUAACUGUCAUAUUUCCAUUAAUAUUCUCAAAAAUACUGGGAAUUAGAGUGAUCAUAGAUUGGCACAGAAUAUCCGUUGGGUUCAUGGAAAUAUUUGACAGGCAGAUUGCCAGGUGCGCAGAGAACAUAACAGUCACAUACGACAUGCAGAAGUACUUUAUUUCUCACAGAAUUAAAAAACCCUUUCUUCUGACGGAUAUUCGCCUAAGGAAGGCACUCACUAAGAAGGAAGAGACAAAAGACAGAAAAGUCUGUAAGAAGAAGUUCUUUGCAUAUUUAUCAGAGAAGUAUACGGAGUACAAGGAGAAGCUAGAUUCAAUAAAAAUAGGUCAGCAGAUUGGAAUAUGCAGCACAAGCUGCUCACAGGAAGAGAAUAUUGAAGGAUUUUUGGAAGAGUUGAAUACACUUAAUAUACCACAAGGGGGUGUACUAUUUAUAACGACAAAAGAGAAAAUAGAAUGCAAAAAUAAAACACUGCAAGUGAUUCAGGUAUUCCUGGAUUAUAAUGAUUAUUUAGAUCUCCUGGCAGUUGCAGACUUCGGAAUAUCCACUCAUGUCUGCAGACUUGAUUUUCCGUUGAAAAUAGUAGAUUACAUGGAUAGUGGUCUAAAGGUACUGGCUCACAGUAGUACACCCAGCAUAGGAAACAAGAAAGACCACAGCAGAAUAAUCAGAUAUACAAAUAAUAUGAAUAUGAGAAGGUGCCUGGCCAGGUUAUUCUCACAGAACAAAGGAACCAUGCGAAUUGAAACAAACAAAAUAGAAGAAGAGAGUAAAGGGUAA